UUCAUCAAACACCACCCUAGAUCACAAAACCAAUCAGUCAUACGUUGUUAAAACAUUAACCGAUAUAACCAGAAGCUUACUUCUCAUUUGUUCUUAUGGUUGUGUUUUGCUUUUUGGUGGAUCAAACUCGAAAGAUUCGACGCACAAAACCGGUGGCCGGAUUGUGUUCGAGGUGCCGCCGAGGAGCUCAAGUGGCAGACAUGUUAACGGCGACUAGAUUAUGUUGCAUCCCAUUUUAUUGGAGAUCUUGGAAGGCCAUCAUAUGUACGUUUUGUGGUGCCACUCUUAAAAGCUACCGUUAAUAUAUGCUGUAUACUUUUUAUCACACGACAUAUCAAUUACUGUAUUAUAUAUGGGUUCAAAUUCUAUGAUGAUCCUGUUAAAGACAAUGAUUAUUAGGUGUCUUUCUGUUCAAAGAUUGCUUGAGCAUCUAAAAAUUUUUGGUUGGAAUUC